UCUAGCCAGAUCAUUCUUCUUCCAUUGCUCAAAUUAAAACUACCCAAAUUGUUUUGGGAAGCCUGGUAUCAAGAGAUCAUUAGUGGGCUCACUUAACAUGGUGGUGGUGAGCUGAGAGAGUGUGGCAUCAUCUUCAUCAUGUGCACACGGAGGGGCCUCGAAACUGCGUUUUAAACUGCUGUCUAUCCGCAGAUCUUAAAUUGAGUCCAUUUUCAGUCCUCACUGAUAAGUGAGAACAUGCAGAGUUGACCUCCUGAGCAUGUGCAGAGUGUUUACCCUGUAGAAAUGAGUAGGAGAGUCCAACCCAAACUAUGUUGGCUGUUGAACGGUGACUCUGAAGGGGCAGGUUACUUAACAGGCUUGUUGCAUAAGCUCCUUGGCAGCCUUCCGAACAGACACCUGGAAGAGGGAUCUAUUCUCCCUGGGGCUAAGCGAAGAGAGGGCACUUGGGGGUCUGGGAAGCUCUUAAAGAGGCAGCACUCCGUUAAGCCACCGUGCUUGAAAGCAACCCUUAAGCCUUGGUCGGAAUGCCAACAUUGUUUUGGGUUCGCUUUUGUUUGGAGGGUGGGGGGAUGCAGGAAUUCCCAGUAUCAAAGAUUGCCAUAUAUAUUUAGUGUUUCACAGUGAAAACCCUUCCCUCUGCUUUGCCUUGAUCUCAGCGGCACCUCGGCAAAGCUACCAGCUCUCCACUGUCCCACCCAGGAAUAAUUCACCCCGGGAGAUCUUCUCCGCCCAUUCCUGGUCCACGCCCCACAAACCGGAUUCGGGAGCGCUUCAGCUCCCAAAUCAGCGCCAGCCGCCGAACCAUCACCAGCGCCUCAAGAUCAAGGUAAGCGACACCCGCGGAAGCUGAGCUGCCUCCGGACUGCGGGCAGUGGAGGAGCGAGGAGCUGUCAGGGCACAAGGCAGGCAGGACUCCUGGUCUCCCUGGGAUGAUGAGGGCAGAACAAGACCGUCCAAUAUCCUGGUGGACGACUAGUAUUCAAGGCUGAGAGGGAGCGAGAGCCUGGGUCUUAUUUUCCUACAUGCAGGCUUCAAUCCUCGUCGAACCAUUUCCCAGGCAGAAAGACCGACUGAACUCAGGAGGACUUGUAGGAAGGGAUGGGAUUGUGAGGCUGUUUUUUUUUUAAAUCCUGGUCCGUCCUGACCCUCGAAAAAGGACACAGAAAGGACAAAUUGCUUUGCUUGCAGGUGGCAAAUGAGGUUGAGGAUGGGGUGAGACUUUCCCUUUUCUUCAGCAGAUAUUUCAGUUCCCUCGCAGUGAAAUCCCAGUUCCUUGCAGUUAUCUGAUCCUAUUAUUCAGCCCAGCCUCAGAAAUCCCUGCCAACUCCAGUCAAAGGGGAAGGUAGCGCAUGCCAGAUGUUGUGUAAUGUUUGGUUGAAUUUCAAGCUCAGAUUCCACUCACGUAUUGUACACCUUCCUUGCAUGCGGGGGGGGGGGGAAGAGACUCACUCUGCCCAAGGGUGCAAGCAGCCCAUUUCGCUUUAACCCCUUUUUUCUGCCAGGAUGAAGCCCGAUGCAGAGCCGGAGCGCCCGCCACUGGUUUAUGUCCAGGGGGUUGGCAUGAUCAAGACGUUUGCUGAUGUCUUGGAAGAGGUGAAGGACUUCCAAGUUCAUCCGGGGGACUUGCUGAUCUCCACGUACCCUAAAUCUGGUGAGUGAAUGUCUGGGCUGCGUCCCACUCAAUGGGAAGGAAAGUUGCGAUGCCUGCAUUUGCAGGGUAUUGGACUAAAAUUAAGGUCACCAGACGUCCCCGUUACCUGGGGACAGUCCCGGAUUUACAAAUCAGUCCCCAUACAAAAUCUAUUGAAGUUGAAAAGUGUCCCCGGAUUCACUGAAAAAAAGCUGGUAACCUUAACUAAAAUGCCUCAUUGGAUCCCUUCCAACUCCACAAUUCUGGGCUUCUGUGAAAAGGUGCUAAGCCCUUGAGGUAAUGUUACAUGGUCUAACACAGCCUCCAAAUAGCAAUGGCUUCCAAGAAAGCUUAAAAGGGAUCACGUUCUUUGCAGACUUGUGGCUGUACAAAUAUGCCGGUUGUCGAGGUGGGAAGCAAGUAUUUCCCUGGUGAAAACAGGGACAUAGCUGUGCAGUUGUUGUCAGUGCUGGAUUUAGGGCUGUGCAGGCGGUUCCCCCGAACCGAGGGGGGAAACAAAAUAGAGGAGAUUCAUUGGAGGGCUGGGGCAAAUUUUGGGCUCGUGCAGAGUGCCAUAUUACAGUUGUAAUAUACUGUAUCGCUAAUCCUUACACUAAGAAUUUCUUUAUUUAUUACAUUUGUAUACCGCCCAUUCUUCAAAAGAUCUCUGGGCAGUGUAUUAAAACAUGAGAUAAAAGCACAAGGGAAAGGGAAAGGGACCCCUGACCGUUAGGUCUAGUCGUGGACGACUCAGGUUGCGGCACUCAUCUCGCUUUAUUGGCCGAGGGAGCCGGCGUACAGCUUCCGGGUCAUGUGGCCAGCAUGACUAAGCCGCUUCUGGCAAACCAGAGCAGCGCACGGAAAUGCCGUUUACCUUCCCACCGGAGCAGUACCUAUUUAUCUACUUGCACUUUGACGUGCUUUCGAACUGCUAGGUUGGCAGGAGCUGGGACCGAGCAACGGGAGCUCACCCCGUCGCAGGGAUUCGAACCACCGACCUUCUGAUCAGCAAGCCCUAGGCUCUGUGGUUUAACCCACAGUGCCACCUGUGUUAAAUAAAUAGUUAAAACAGGACUCCCCCCCCCCAGUCCACCAUCACACAGUUUCCAGACUUCUUUUGGGGAGGAUAUGUACUUUACCUGUAUGCAUGGGAUUUAUUUUAAGGGGGGCAGAACCCAGAUAUUUGUGAUGCAAUUAGUCAGUUAGUUAAGUAUUUCUAUUUAUUUACAUGAUUUGGGGGGCAGCUGCCCCCACCUGGGCUACAGCCAUGACUGUAGGGUGUACAGUGGUACCUCGGUUUCUGAACUUAAUCCAUUCCAGAAGUCCGUUCUUAAACUGAAACCAUUCUUAAACUGAGUUGCACUUUCCCUAAUGAGGCCUCCUGCCGCCGGUUCCCUUCCACCGUUCUGAUUCCAUUCUUAGACCAAGGUAAAGUUCGCAAACCAGGACACUACUUCCAGUUUUGCGGAAUUCGUAAACCGAAUAGUUCAUAAACAGGACUGUUCUUAAACCGAGGUACCACUGUAUAUGUACCCUCAGGUGGCAUAUAUAAGUUUUAAAGCACUCCCCCCCCCCCCCUUAAAGCGUUCUGGAGAAUGUAAUUGACCCAUUACAAAGUUACAAUUCCCAGAAACCCUUAACAAAGUACAGCACCCAGAAUUAUUUGAGGAAACGUAGUUUGCAUGUGCUUUAAAUGUACGGCGUAUGCAGCCUCAAUCUUGGCUUUCCCUAACUGCACUGCAAUCGAGAAUUUAUGCAAAACACCCCUUCAUGCCGUUUCAGGAACUACCUGGGUGAGCCAGGUCAUCGACCUGAUCUAUAAAGAAGGCAAUGUGGAGAAAUGCAGCAACGAACCCAUCUACCAGAGAGUCCCUUUCUUGGAGUUUGCUGUUGAAGGAGUUCCCAAAGGUAAAACACCCCAGAAGGCCAGCAAUCCAGGAGUCCCUCACCCUAAGGUAUGCUGUGGGGACAGGUCGUGAAAGAUGGGGAGAGGAGAAGCCUCUUUAUUGACUUCUGUUUCCUCCCUCCCUUCCUCCCUCCAGGCAUUGAUCUGCUCAGAAAAGCACCUCGGCCGUGUCUAAUUAAAACACACCUUCCGGUCCAAUUGCUUCCAAAAUCAUUCUGGGAAACGGAUUGCAAGGUGAGAGGGUAUAUGGGCACCUGAAUCUAGCAAGAGCAGGAUCUGAAAGAGGUCACUGUGGAAGAAAGGGGCUGGAGUGUUAAUCUGAAAGAAGGAUCACAAAGUUGCCAGCAGGGCUGUGUAUUCUAUGCAGAAGAAGGUUACUGUUUUCAAAAAAAGGAAUCUAAGUUUCUAGUCUAUAUAUGAAAGAUACUUAAAUACUUUAUUUAGAAAAUAUCUAAGUUACUAGUCCAUAUGAAAACAGGCUUGAAAAUCUAUGGGCAAUGUAAAAAUUUAAAAACCAGAGGUGGGGAGGGCUUUGCAGCAUUUUGUAGUAGCCAAGGGGAGGGACUUCAAAACCUUUGCAUUGCCCCUCGCCCUUCUGCCUGACUGGCAGAAGCAGAAUAAAUUAUGCUGAUCAUCCAUUUAAUCUGCAUGCUACUUUCUGCACUACAGAUGAUCUACGUGGCCAGAAACGCCAAAGAUGUGGCUGUCUCGUAUUAUUACUUCUACCAAAUGGCAAAAGUGCAUCCUGAUCCUGGAACGUGGGACGAAUUCCUGGAGAAGUUUAUGGCUGGAGACAGUAAGGACUGUGGGAGAUGAGACAGAGGCAGAGGGCAAGGGCAAUGACCCUGAAAGCCAAGGACAGAAAACUUGUGAUCUUCUAGAUGUCAUUGGACCCACCUGCUAUAUAGAAAUUAUGAAAUUCCAUAUGGAAUUAUGAGCAAGUGUUUUACAUAGAUCUUACCUGGUUUGGAGGAGCUUUGUGAGUGUGAAGGUUCAUAUCCAGGCAUUGCUCCUCUGGCUUCCCAUUGCUUCUGGGCAGGUAGCGGUAGAAUGAGAUAAACAAAUGAUGAAGCUUCCUUAUAUUGAGUCAGAUCGUGAUAAUCUGACUGACAGCAGCUCUUCAAGGUGUCUGUCAGACUUUCCCCAGUUCUGAAGAUGGAACUUUGAUCCUUAUGUGUGUGGAAAAUGUGCUGUGUUUUAGACUACCACUUCCAUCAGCCCCAGCUGUCCUGACUAAUGGUCAGGGAAGAUGGGUGCUGCAGUCCAAAAAAGGAAAAAAAGAAGCUAUAGUACUGAGUUGCAGCCUUUACCCAGCAGAGGCCAGAAUUUCCUCGUUUCUAGAAAGGUUCUCACGGAAGCCCAUAAUCUCUCUCUCCUCAGUCUCUUUUGGAUCCUGGUACGACCAUGUCAAAGGCUGGUGGGACAAGAGGAAUGAACAUAAGAUGCUCUACCUUUUCUAUGAAGACUUGAAAGAGGCAAGGUUCCCACUCCCUGGUAUAACCCUUUCAAUGCCAGUUCUGCUGCAACAGCAAGCAAAGCCAAAAUGUUCAAAGUGUAAACAUAGCACAUAUAGAAUGUAUCAUGCAUGCAUGCAGUGUGUCAGAAGGAACUGUGGUGUCUAGAGGGCCGGAACAUCAUUUGCCACAUUCAAGAGGUGCACCAGACGAAAUGAUGGUUCCCAGGUUGGGAAAUUGGGAGGUCCACCUGGGUAUUCCCAUUCUGUACACUGUGUCCUUCUCCCCUGUCUUCCUUUCCCAACCCAGGGCUGGGGAAACCCAGCCAGAUGGGCGGGGUAUAAAUAAUAAAUAAUUAUUAUUAAUUUAUUAACCUAAGUCCCCCGGCUUCAACCCCCAAUCAUUGCUUAUCUUCUAGAAUCCUCAGCGGGAGAUCCGAAAAGUAAUGGAAUUCCUGGAGAGGCCACCUGAUGACCGCCUGGUCGAGAAGAUUGCUCACCACACCUCCUUCAAAGAGAUGCAGAAGAACCAAAUGGCCAAUUACACAAGCAUUCCUGCCACGAUUAUGGACCACAGUAUCUCCCCUUUCAUGAGGAAAGGUAAGCUGCACUGACACCUGGAGGGAUGGGCUGAAGAGGGCUGAGAUUCCAGGGGUCCCAGGGGUUCACCCCAGGGUCCAUGUUUCCUAUUGGAAAUAAGGCACAGCGGAGACUGUGGUAUCUUUAUGAUAUAUGGUUUACAUAUAUACAUAUUUACACAUAUAUACAUCCUGAGCCUGCAAUGGAGGGGUUCACAACAUCAGUACAUCAAAAGGGUCUUGUUUCUACCACAGCCACAGGCUUGGAUUCAAGCAGAAAUCAGCCACGACUCUUUCUUUCUCUCUGCCUUUCCAGCCUGAAGCUUUUCCCUCCGGGUCACAUCACAGCAAACCCAGCCCCCAAAUCUCAGGCUUUGUCCUUCUAACUCUCCGAGAGCUGGAGAAGGGGCCCGCCCAUUUGUCAUCUAGCACAAACCGCCUUGCCUUUGUUCUCUUAAUGAUCCAUCAGCCAGGCGGUUACCUCAUUGGGAAGCUAGCCUGGCUUGAUUAGCUUUUAAUACUUGCUAGGAUUAUAGGUGUCUGGCACCCACAAACACAUAAUAUUAUUGCUCAGAAGAGGUCUUGAGGCAUCAUAGGGCUUAAGGAGUGGGCACCAAAAAGGGAUCAGCUUACUGGAGGAGGCAAAUGUCCCCAUCAUCUGCAUCACCACCGUCAUCAUCAUCACAUCAUCACAAGUAGGGCCUGCAGAUCUCUUCCUCUGCUUAUGUAUUUAUUUAUUAUUGAAAACCCAAUAAUUUUUUUUGUUAAAAAAAUUCCAGACAAGUGGAAUCUGCAGCUGCGUAUUGCUGCAUGGAGUACGGUGUGGAAAGGGCAGGAACUCCCCGUUCCUCUUUUAGCCAUCAUAUUUGACAGGUCUUUAGGUAGUAAUGUUCAUGUCUAUCUUGUCCCUCUUUAAUUGCCAGUGUCUUGACUCCCAUAUCUUCCCAUUUCAACCCAGGAAUCACUGGCGAUUGGAAGAACAAGUUCACAGUGGCUCAAAACGAGCGCUUUGAUGCCGAUUACAAAAGGCAGAUGGAAGGAACGACCCUGCACUUCCGGACAGAGAUUUGAUCUCUCUGACUUCCCUUUUCGGGUGAGUCUCCUUUUAUUCCCAUUCUAUGGAAUCUACUACCUUUGCUUCAGAUUCUUAAUCUCAAUUCCGCCCACCAGGUUUCUUGUUUGAUGAACAGACCUUCAUGUGAGUUAAUAGAAAAGAGACAAAAUACGGAAGCCAUGAUUCUUGGAUUCUCUCCCAUGUCCACAAACGCUCCUGAACAUGCACAAUACUAUCCAGCUUUCUCCCUAGCGGACAACUCUUCCUUGACGUUGCCUGCUGGUGUGUAGGUGGACACUUCCAGAAGAGCUGUUUAUUGAGCAUUUGUGCUGAUUUGUUUGCAGGGAGGUUAGAUGAUCCUGUGUCAAACCAAGUGUUAUUCUGCACUUCCCAUCACUUUUCUUAUUGCAAAAAGUGGAUUUCUGUACUACUUUUCAUAUUGUAAAAGUCUGAUCUUUGGAUAAGUGGCUUUGUUGUUCAAGACUGCCUAAUUAACUAUAAUGGUGCAAGCUAUAUUUGUUGGUAUAUGAUUGAAUCCCACCCAAAAAUAGCAAUUGUCUAGCAGAGCCGUGUGUGUGUGUGUGUGAGAGAGAGAGAGAGAGAGAGAGAGAGAGAGAGAGUGCACAGGAUUCAUCAGUUCACCCAUUCCCAAAAUCUCAGUCCUGGUGUCAGUGGUCAACAUAGUUGGACACUUGCUGAGGGUCAUACCCCAGCAAAAGGCUCACUGACACUCCUGGAGCCCCUUGCCUUGGUGCUGCUUCUCCUUGCCAUUGCUGCCCAUUCAGUUGUCCCCUCUUAGCAAGUGUUUGGCAACAGGAAAACACCCCGUGUUGUCUCUGGAAGAUGCCACCAUGUGCCUUGAUGGUGUAAAGACGAAGAUCAAGCCAAGAUGCCUUCAUGACCCCUUCAAGAAACAGCCAGUUUCCCAAAGUGCUGCUAUGUAGUUUUUCCAGCCACUGUGUAGCUUUGUAGCUGUCACUUCUUAUCAGCCUGUGUCUAGAAAAAACACAAACUAAUGUUCAGCUCAAUUUAUAGCUCAGUAAGCUGUGAAUCCUUGACCUCCCUUCCUAGACAGCAGAUGCAGGAAGGAGUUCAAGAAAAUCUGGUUGUUACAUUCCAAAAGGAACGUCUCUUUUUUGCCUCUCUCUCUCUCUCUCUUUUUUUUUUUUUUUUUUUGGUCUCUUCUUUCUCUAUCCUGCUUUGACCCUGGAGAGGCUUUUUAAAAAUAGAACGAUCUGGUCUCAAAGAAGCCCACUUUUUAUAGAAUUUUAGCAAAGACAUAUAUUUUGCAUUACUUAAGCAGAGUACAUGACAUGCACUUAAAAAACCUUCCCAAAUCGUCAGGUUGAUACUCUGCUCAUAUCUCGUAUUCCCACCAUUAAUAAAUACUUUUAUUGAAAAGC